UCGUGUACCCCGUGGGCGCCAUUCUCUAACCGGCACUCACCUACUAUUCACCAACAACUCCUCUCAGUUCAACCCAAAAGUUACACCGAAAAUUAACCAAGUGUUUUUAUUCUCUAAACAAUCAAUUUGCUACUUCCAUCAUAUUGCUUUUGAAAUCCAUCAAAAGUCCUUAUCCAAUCAAAUUCAUUGUUUAUUCCUAACUCGAUUGAAAUCAAUACUAUAUACUAUAACUGAAUAUUCACGUGGUGUUGUGCCAAUGUUAUGACUCAAUAUGAUGCAAAAGAGAAAAUAAAAAUUCAUUAAAAAUACUGCUGGCUAUCUUCUUGAAUGCACUAAGUCAUUGGAUAUGUGUCAAGUUAUGUGAAUUAUUGAAAUCUAUCGCUUGUGAUGUGACUUGACUUACGGCAUUUAUCGAUAAUAUUUACUAUUCACUUAUCGAUAAUCAAUCGAGUUUGAUUGGAGUGGAGGAGACGAUUGGUUUUACUAAAAUGGAAUUCUCCAUGAUAAUGUAUUUAUUUGUAACACUGUGCUUUAUGCGUACCAAGUGUUUUGGCAAUUUGCUUGGUGUUGAAAUGGAUGAUGCUGGUGAAGAGUUUUUGCAUGAGUACCUGUCACUGGAUGAGAGCAGGUAUCUAGCUGAGCUGCAGGAGUUUCAGGAUGCAGCCAUUGAGAUUGACUUGAUUGAUAGUAAAAAACGUCAUAAACGACCGGAACAGGAGCCCCGAGUUGUGUAUCAAAUUGGAAAGAGUGAAGCAGAACUUCCAGAAUGCUUGGAUAAGAGUGAGGUGUGUAGCAAAGUCGAUUUAUAUGGAGAUCCGUGGGUGGAGAGGCAGUGCAGAUGUCCUGGAGGACGUACGUGUCCGAGCAGUAUACAUGCUGAUGAUGGGUACACGAUUGUUGAUAAAACCAGACAGUAUAAGCUCUGUGAGCCAGUUAAGAGACUACCAAUUUGCCGUUAUUUCAAAGAUAUCACAUGGACAUUAGCUCCAGGUGUUGGUUCAAAUAACUCAACGGUUCAGCAAGUGCACUGUAGGUGUCGUCCAGGAAGCGUUCCUUAUAUCAUAAGAAGAUCAACCCACAGGCUACCCCAAGGCAAUGCAACCUACGUGUAUGCAUUCGCAUGUUCACCACAAAGUAGGCUGAGGUGUCAACACAAAGAGCCCUGCCGUUUAUUCACAGUUCGGAAACGACGUAGUUCCCAGCUAGAGGAAGUGAAUGCAUCACCUCUCUGCCAAUGUCCAAAUGGUAACAGGUGUCCGAGGAGGCACACAGAUCCAGGCUCCCUACCAGCGAGAUCCUACAGUGGUGCCCUCGAAAUAAAAACCUACAGUGGCUACUGUGUCCCAGCUCAUCAUACCGAACCAGUCUAUACCCUCUGAUGAUCGCUGAUAUCGGACCAUUCAAAUUUUUAAUCAUUCUUACUUGUCUGAAUUUAGUUACUGGUUUUUCAUAGAUCGUUUUUUUUUAUUAUACCGACUGUGGGUAAAUCAUUGCGAAUAAAAAACCCAAAAAACACGUACACUGAUUUGGAAAGUAUUGCGUGGCGGUAUAGUACCGUCUAUCUGUGCAUUUAUCAUACCAGUAUUUUACUGGUGUGCCGUACUAACGACCGGAUUUAAUUAUGAUAUUCGUACGCGGGUCGUACAUCGUACUAAAGUUUCACCAUCGGACUUGUUUCUACGAUGUGCCAGUACACUGGACAAUCUUUCAAUGAAAAAUAUACAGUUGCCAAUAUCCUUUCAUUAAGAGCUAAUAAUCAUGAAUUAAAUUGCGGAAUGUAAGAUUUCGGCCAACUUCACACGUAAGGCCUCAUGCGUAAGUGCCAUUUUUCAUUGGCCAUUCCGAAUAAAAUUCAUUUCUCAUUGGUGAAUUGGUCUUACGUUACAUAAAAUAAUUUCAAUAAAGGGUUACACACAUAAAUCAAUUUGCCAAACACAAGAUUUCAGUUAACGUUAUGAGUAAAACUCUCAUUGGCGAUUCUAGAUAAAAGUCAUUUCUUAUUGGUCAAUUGCCAGAUCAAAUGGCGCAGAGCGCGCUUUCGCUCUCGGGAUACAUAAUAUCGAUAUCGUAACAUUACAUUCUCAUUUUAGUCGCCAGUAUGGCCUAUCGAUAUUAUACUGGUAUGAUAAUAAUAUGGUGUACAUAUUCGAAAGAGCAGUCUAGUAUAGACAAAAUAUCAGUAUUGUACUUGCAUCUCAGAGAAGCGGCGUAGCCAGAACGAUUAUUCUAAGAUAAUCCUAAUACAGUACUGGGAUGAUAGGUGCGCAGACGAUGUGAAGUACAUACAUACUGUACUGAUAUAUAGGAGAAAGAUGGGAAAUUGAUGGAAAACGAAACUGGACAGGGCAAAACACUACAGAGGUCAUUUUCUUCGGCCCAUUCUUCUUCAGCUCAUCAUUUUUCCAACGAAAUGGUAUCGUGGGCUGAAUGAAGUGAUUAAUAGUAUUGGAGUGGUGAUUUUAUUAGCAAAUUAGAAGAAUUCUCACAUUGUUCAUAGAAACACCUAUAAAAGCUUUAAGUGACCAUUGUCGUGCAUCGAGAAAAUAAUACAUGUUAUUUUAAUAUUUAUUUGUCACACGUCCAUGUUAUCAAACAUGAAUCCCACUCGUAGAUUAUACGGAUGGAUAUGUGACAAAAAAUUUUAAACGAUACUCGUAAUGAUUGGGAUAAUCCAUUGGUAAUAGACGGAUUUCACUGAGGAAAAAAAGCGUCGAUCAAGUAUUUCUUUGAUUCAAGUCCGAAAUAAUUCGAGCCAAUUGUACCAGGGUCUUGGUAAAGCAUGCACAGAAUUGAUUCAAAUGCAUAAUCGAUUGAGAAUAAAAUUUUCGAAAAACAAAUGGACGUUUAGUGCCUUUGAUUGGCAAUUUCGUGGAAUGAUUGCCUGAAAGAUUAGGUUGGUUUCGAAUUUUAAACAAAAACGUGCACAUUUAAUCGACGCUUUUUCUGUCAGGGUAUGUUAAACUUUAUUCACAAGGAUGUAAUACUAUGUAUUUUAUAAUGUACUAACGAUGUUCCUAAACUGACAAUUCUUUCCAACCGGAAUUAGAGGAUAGAAUUAGGAAAAAUUUUUACCUGGAAAUUAUGGUCACAAUUUUCCACGCAAAAGAAAAUUCAAUGUUUUUCAUGUGCAGCAAUUAAGUUCGUUUGAUUUAUAGAUAUUUAUCUUUCCUAAUUUUGAUGCAGUUGUAUAAACCAUGUAUAGAGGUAUUCCCUUCAUCUUCAAGCUAUCGAUCGCAGCAACAUUACUAUAUCUUAUCUUUUCCUCCCUAAUUAUUAUUUUUCAUGACUAGUUGUAUGUUAACGAUUAACUAUUAUGAUGGAGUGAAGUAAAAAUGUAGAUGAAGAUUAUUUUAAAAUCUUAUUUUAUGAUUAUUGUAUUGGGUAAUUUUCUCAUUUUAAUGGUACGUUUUUUUCGACGAAGUGACAUCUUAAAUGUUAAUAUUUCCGUAAGGAUACAAUGGAUAGAAAUUUAUGUGAAUAAUCAUUUGAACUGUAUAUAUGACUCGUUUUCGGAGCAGUUAUUGAGAGGUAACGGCAGAUCAUCUGGACGUUUUUCUUUUAAUAAUAAUAGAAUGUUGAUUUGAGAUUGACGUUAAUCAUGUUUGUGUAAUUUUUUACUAUUUGAAUUAAAUAUAUGGAAAUUACGUUGAAUCAGUUUCAUAUUCAUUUCAUGGGUGAUUAGAGAAGCAGCAAGGUCAAUUUUUAUCUGUGCAAUUAAUUCCUCCAUUUU